AUGCUGCUACCGUUGCUUCGCGACAGCGCAUGAAGUGUGGGUGCGCGCUAACGGAUUUUUGUCGCGGAUAUGUCAUUUCCGUGGAACCAGUCGAACUGUGCCGGCAUGUCGUCGAUAGUCUGUCGGAAGUCAGUAGAAAAAACAAAAUUUUUCAUGGAGCUCGUGUUCUUGUGUCCAGCCUAUUGUUCAACGCAUUUAUCAUAGCACGAUGGGAGAGGCCGAACUUCCACCUGUCCAGCGGCGUCGUUUUGCCUCGGAACGUCGAGAGUGGAAAAAAAUGGUAGAGAUUCAGCAACACCUUUUACUCACGUCAUCUCGGUCUUCCAAGCACAUUGCUUCGGGCUCCAGUUCUGAGAAGGCAUCCUACGCUGUUCAAAAACAACCGGCUGGACCGAAGCCGAAAGUACCACCGGUGGCACCCGUGGCCAAGCCUCCGCCACCUGAAGAUCAAGCAUGCAGCAGCGCACCAGCGUUGCUGGGAGAGCAGAAGAUUCUCCUCCAUACUGCUGAAGUUAUGGAAACGCUGAGUAUUUUGCUUCAGUCUGAUUCUUCGGUAUGUAGCUCGUCAUCUGGGACAGACGCUCGUCAGGAGUUGUGCUCCGCGCGCGAGAAGGAGCGUGUGAAGGCCCUCCACGAUCAAAUGAAAUCGUUUAUGAAGGAACGUUGUUUGUUGGUAAUUAAGAAAGAGUGCUGCCACCAGGUUGCCCUAGUGAGAAAGUUGCGCGAUCGCAUCAAAAACAUAGCGCUGGCUGAAGACACUUUAAUUGGACAGUUGCUAUUGUCUGGGCAUCCCAUCUUACCCAAAGAUGUCCUGCACUUGUCAUUUCUUCGCAAGUCAGCGUUUCUUGACAACUUGCAAGCGGUAACCUUUGCUUGGCCUUGCCUUCUUAAAUUUCUUGGUCAUACAUUCAAUAGCUUCGAUGCGCAAUGGCACACUUCUUUGGACGUUGUGUUGCGUUGGACCCAAGUUCGGCUCGACUCGCUGGCCGAGCAAGCGCUGCGGUGGGCAUGGUUAAGUUUGCGCAACGAUAUCCUGUUGCUUUGCCGGAUGGAUGCAGCUGACUUGCACGCCGACUGGAUUGGUGGAGUGUUUUCUUCGUGCCACUUCUUCAACCAGCUGCUCAGCGCCUACGGCUCAUCGGCUGGCGUGGCUCCACUGCCCGUGUCAACGGUGCUGUACACGCUUGCAGCGCGUCAGGCCGAAACUUCUGCGGCUAGGCUCGCUGCGUUCGUUUGUGGAGAAAGUAGAAAGAGCCACGAAGGGUCUGUGCGAAGCUACACCUGGAGAGAUGUCGCCAGUGCCGAAUUCUGGAGCGCGGCGGCCACUCGCGACGCUGUGGGCACAGCUGCUCUUCUGACCGCCCUCGUUCAGUCUGGCCAAACCUUGCUCCUGAAGUACCUCUAUGCUGCUACAUGCAUCGAUCACUCUGCGCCACCCGAAGCUGUCAAACAGAAACAAGGUAGGGCGCAUUGGCGGAAGCAGCCACCAAGGGCAACCCGUCCCAGCUGUUUUGAACUGGAGAGGCUUUACUGGGAGCACUACUGGGACUGCUUUGCAAGCCAACUACUUGUCAGGCUAACCACCCUAAGCUCUAGCACAGAGGUUAACAACAUUUCAGGUGUGCCAGCAGCAUCUGACAUCUCGCUGCUCCUGAUGCUGGCCUGCCAAAGCCAGGAUUUGCCGACUGCUGCAGUGACCUCAAUGAAGUGUGUCUGCCAAAUGCUUCUUGCACAGCUCUCGCUGGUGGCCUGGAAACGAGCAUUGAAUGCAGCCUUGUUUGACUAUCAUCAUGGAACUACCAAGGAUGCCAUCAAGAACCUACUGCUUCAUGCUGUGCAGCCUUUGAGUGCUUACUUGGCCUCCCCACCAAAGGAAGACUACAAAGGCAAUUCUCUAGCUAAGGUCUACCUGGCGCUGACUCUUUGGCACAUAUUGCACUGGGCUGAAACUAGUCUACGCAGCAACCUGCAUUCAUGGGCGCCACCUUUGCUGCCCCAAGUUGUCUUCUGCGAUCUCCAGCCAAUUAUUGCUUCUGCAAAGCGUGCACAACCUUCCUGGGACAAGCCUGAAGACCCAACAAAUCUUUCUUUCCAUGUUAACUCAUUGUGUGCCUCUGCUGUGGAUGCACUAGAGUGCCUACAGGCCUCAGUUGCUACACGUUUCCAAGAUAACUGCUACAAAGCCUGCCUGCAAAAUCUACAGGCAGUGAUGCCAACAGCUAGACAAUUUCAUAAGCAAGGGUGGAACAAAAAUGACCCUGUAUCACCCAUUCUGGAUCAAGUUUUAGAUACAGUAAUACCAGUUCUUGUGGAAUUGCCUGCACAUGUGCAAGAGCUGUAUGCAAGACUCACGCUAGAGGCAAUUUUCAAGGCCUGGAAAAAAAUACUUGUAAUCAGGCACCUGAAAUUUAGUGAACAGGAAUCAGCUCAACUUACUGAUGCUGCAGCUAUGUGCCUAGCUCGAGUGGAACACUCAGACUUGCAUGAAGUUGCCAAAAGUGGUUUGUCGAACCUGAAUGCUUACCACGACCUGCUGGAAUUUGUACGUCCUGCACAGCGAACUGUGCUAGCUGCUUCUGCAAGGAGGAGGCUUUUCUCCCCAAACAGGGUGUCUCCUCUGGUUGGAGCCAGUGGUGCCCAAGAACUUGUAUGCACACCAGUACGCACACAAGGAAGGCUACGGCACAAGCUAUGCUGCAAUUCAUAGCAUCUUGGGCAAGUGAUGAAUUCUGACGUUAUAGUCUGGGUCUCCUGAACAUGUCUAUGAAGAAAAAAAUGUAACAUCUCGUAUACUGCCAUAGCUUUAGUGCACGCAAAUCAAGUUCAAGGUACAAAAGAGUCAGCUGGUGGAGAGCUGUUACCAUUCAAGUGGCAGAAUGAGUAAUAUUUUUUGGAGUGAAAACACAUCAAGAAGCACAAAGACAGUGCAGAUUUCGUGUGGCACAUUAUAAUCAAGAGCUAGGAAAGUGCCUUGUCUUUACAUGUCAGUGCACAUCUUUAACCCUUUAACAUCAGAAUUAUUAAAGGCACGGCAGAAAAAGUUCUUGCACUAGAUUUUAACUUCGUUUAGCCCUCGUAAUCAAAUGGCAAUAAUAUUUUGUGCUACAACUGAAUUUUCUCUCAACUCUGUGGUGUCACUACUUUGCGACAUCUGGCACACACAUAUUGUUGCACAUACUUGUGUUGUUGCUUAACUUGUGCAAAAUUGUUUACUUUGCACAAAAAAAUUGCACUAAAUAUGUUUUGCACGCUGCAGCGGUAGGCAGUGCAAAGCGCCACCCCCGACAACCGUUGCGAGUGGAAAGGGCGAGGCAUAGGGACGACAGACCAGGUGAAUGCUUGCACGAAGGCACCUGGGGCAACUGAAUCCCCACAAGUGUUAAUGCAAAAAUUUACUGUAUUCUCAAGCUCACUACAUACCUGUCAUAAUCUAUGGGAUGUAAACAAUGCAAAGCACAUUUUGGAAGCAUGAAUUUACAUUAUGUUCACAAAAACUGUAGAAAAUGGUUCACGUUGCACGUGUGAGCACCUCGUCGAUCGAGACUCCAAACAAUAGUUGCCUCUUGCUAUUGCUCCUAAAUGGCACUACAUGUCAGCGCUGAAAAACAUUGUUUGUCGUGAAUGCAUGACAACCGGCACUUGAGCCAGAAAACAUACUGUCAGGGUAUAGGCUGCACUUAUUCUAUAUGUCGCAAGUUCGUGACUACCAGCGUUAAAGGGUUAAUAGCAAAAAAAUAAAAAUAAAUAAAAUAUAAAAGAAAAACAGGCACGGGUGUUUCUACUGCUGUCUUGUACUAUGCAGUGAGGGUACUAACUAGCUUUGUAACAUUGUUACAUUUUGUUACAGCAGUGUGUGGCAUAUACGUAAAGCCCCUCUGUGACGUUUAUAUCGAUUACAUAACAGGGGCCAUAAAACACUCUUCUAACUAAUAGAAUGGCCUCACUAUUUAAGGACGUUGUGUUGUGAAUCUCUUUACGUAAAAAUUUUCCAAAUCCUUCAAGUAUAAGUGGAGUUAUUGCACCCCUAUGCGUUUUUUUUUUUUUUUCUCUCUUCGUCUCUGCUAGCAUGCUGGAAGCUACACGGGAGAAGCCAAGGGUGCAAAGGCCUUCCCAGAAGUUGAGUGUCUUGGCGGCAAAAUAGUCAUUGGAAAAAUUGACUCUACGGUACCUUGUGGCAGCCGCGGUAGACUACACUAUGCAGCGCAUCGCAGCUAUCUCGGAGGCUAUGUGCAGCAGACUCUGCUAUGCACAACUGUCGUGCGUAAACAGGCAGUGCAAAGAUAUGAUUUUUCUGUCUUGUUGAGAUCUUAGGCAUAUACAUGUUUCAUUUAUUUAACUCAAUAUUACUCAUUAAUUACUGAGAAUGUUCUCGCAAUCACAAGAUCAGCCAAUAGCUGUUGGUGGGUCCAGGUGCUUAUGAUGAUGCUUCAUGAUGACAUUGUGGAAGCAAGUGCUUUUUCACUGUUUUUGACUCAAGAUUGUAAAUUCCCUGCUGCAUGCAGUGCAAUAAUAUUUAGUGCACAUUUAAAGUGUUUCGGAGGCCCUUUAAGUGGCACCAGCCUACCCUUCCUCCCUGCUGCCUCCUUGUUUAUGCUCUCAGGUUUUGGUGCCAAGUGCAACUUCCAUUAUCUCGACUUUCAGUGCCGAGGGGAAGCUGCAUUGUGGAAGACAGGUGGUAAGCAAUGGUCAAAAAAAAAAAAAAAUUCUGAAAGCAAAAGCUUGUGCAAGUGAAAAAUCGGAGGGCAGUGGCACACAUAUAAGUUUCUUAAAAGAGUGGUCAGCAGCAUAGAUUGACGGCCUACAUGGAAAAGGAUAAAUCAUUUUGCUCAGCAACCACCGCACUGAUUGUGACAGUUUGUUGCAUUUAAAAGAUUUAAAGUUAAAAUCUAGUGACUAGCAUGGCAGAUUUUCAAUUUUUGGCAUCAGUAGUUUUAGAAAAGUACUCCAUAAACUGCAAAGCUUCAAAAAAUUCAACCAUGUAGUUUGCAACUGUAACAAUAAUAAAGAAGGAUGUCGCAAUUUGGCUAACUGCUCCUAGUAAUUCAUCUAAAGUGGACAAAAUUGAUGUAAUUUGAAAUGGCUCUGAAAUAUACCGCCAAUAAGUGAGCAGGACUUUUGCAAGACUUGUAAAUUCAUACCAGAUUUGUCUACUUUAGAUGCUCUAAUGGAUGCAGUUUACAUAAUUGCAAUAGCUGUUGGUGCACAGUUACGGAUUCGUAAACUUUGUGCUUAUUAACGUAUCGAUUGUCGGUAAUUUUUAGAAGAAAUACAAGAUUCUAAAUAAAAAUUAUUUCAUGGAGUAGCUAGAAUCAAGUUUUCUCUCUAAUGCAACAAAUUCAAAUUGUGCCAGCGGUUGUCUUAUAAAAGCAUUUCUGUGUUUUACACCUCUUUUAAUUGGGAAAGUGAAGUUAGACCCCCAAGUUAAAGCUUCUUUUUUUAAGGCUGACACGAGAUGUGAAGACUGUUUAAAUGAGAACAGCAAUUCAUUUAUUUUGUAGAGUUGAGAAACUUAAUAUAUUGUGUGUGUUCAAUUGAGGUUGGACUGCAUUGCAGUAAUUUGCCACUGGAGCAGGAUUUUUUUUCUCAUAUUGGUUCAUUUAAUGGAGCCCAGAGUGGUGCAAGCUCCUGCUAAACAUGCAUGAAAAUAGCGUAUGUAGCAUCUUGAGCCAAAUUUUGAGGCCCUGCACACCUGAGUCACUUUGCAAAGAUGUUGAAAGCAACUACGUAGCUCACUUGUUUGCAUACAUGGAACUUUACUCACUUCGUGGCAUACGAAGGAUAUAACUUAUGACAUGUGAAUCAUGGACAUAAACUUAAAUAUUCCUUUUGUUUUUACAAGUACCAUGCACUAAGUGAAAGCUAUAGCUAUGAGCUGGAACAUCAAAAUAGGGCUUGAAAAAUUUUAAAUUAGAGAAAUCAAAAAAGACCAUCCGGCUACCAGUGGGUAGCCUGAGCGCUGCAGGAUAAACAAGCCUCAAAAUGGUAAUGGGUCUGCAAGGAAGCAGUGCUGUCUCAGCUGAAUCUCCCUUUUUAAGGAAGCAUGUGUAGAGGCUUAAAGGUGAACAUUUGCCACUUUUAACUAGACAAUCUAACUAUUGCCAACCAAGAAGGUUUAUCAAAAAUUAACUCAAUGUUUCAGAGUUGUUCAACUCGUUCAUCAGGGGUGGCUUUUGGAACCCAGUGACAACAAUGACGUACCAUGGACAUCCACCGCCAGGACGUGAAUGUCCUAGGGAUGUGUCAAAUACGUCCAGCGGACGUCCCUCACAUGACCGAUUGGCCGCACUUUGUGUCCUGCGGCUAUCCCUUGCAUGUCCGUGAGGGACAUGCAAAGUACAUUUUACGGACAUAUGCCAGGGCCUUCUUGCACAGUGUUUGCCAUUCUGUCAAUUACGGUCGCAGCACACCGCUGUGUGACAGAUGCAAUGGGUAGAGUGCUCACACAUCAACAACAGAUACAGCAUACUCCUCAUUCUUUUACGCAUUCCGCCAACCAGCUUGAACUAAUUGAAGUUUUCAAAGUAAAUUGCAUCAGAAAAUUUGUAAAGUCAGACGUACGCACAAGCUACAGACAUGAUAGCUUCAAAUUGUAAUUUGAGCGUACGAGAAAAUAUAAUUCUGUUAAGAGGAAACUUUAAGCCUCCUGGAGGACAAAUAUUGACGUGUAUGCCAAAAACGGUCCAUGUGCGAUAUCCUUGGGACGUCCACGGUAGGAUAUCCAAAACUGGACGCUCGGUGGAUGUCCCAUUUGUAUCCGAAACAGUGUGUGGACAUUGGGACAUGAUUCAGCUGUCUUAUGAAAAGUGUUUUCACUGGGCUUCUAUCUUAGUCGAACAUGUUCUUGGGUAAGCUGGUUCAUAACUGAUAAGGAAAAACAGUAGCGCAAAAAAAGCAAGGAUGAGACGCAUACACAGCACUUUUGCGCUACUGUUUUUCCUUUUCAGUUAUGAACCAACUGGCCCAAGAAAAUAUUUUACUAAGCCAUAUUCUACAUUGGGCAAGCGCCAGUCCUUUGUACUCAUCUCGUCAUUAUUUCUUUUAUGCUACUGUUUUUCCUUCUCAGCUUUUGUAUGAUCGGCACAGUGUCAUUGCUGAACACUGCGAGAGAUUGGACCAUAGAAUUCAUAUUGACCAGAAAAAUUUAUGCAAGCGCCUCUACCUUGAGUUCUGGCACAUCCAAGCCGCCACCGGGGCAAUAAGGCAUUCAUUGGGAGCACCGUCCCCUACCUACAUGGGCCUUUGCAGGGUCGCCUCCAGAGGGAACUGCCACCAGGGCGGCAAGUCGAACAUAAAAAAACUGUUGCAGCUUCCCAAAGCCACCCCUGAUAAAGGAGCGACUCCGAAAUGUUGGGUUUAAUUUUUAAUAAACUGUCUUGGUUGGCGAUUGUUUAGUUUGUCUACUUUUAUGGCUAAACUUGCCCGCCAACCUACUGCAGUGCAUGAUUACGAUGUCCUUUAAAAUUUUCCUACUCUAGAAAAAUUUGUUUAAUGUGCAGUACAGUACUACAUUAUACAGCUGCAGCACCCCUGGCUGCAUCGACAAAUUGCUGCAGGUUUAGAUGAUCUUGUUGUUGCAUUUCAAAGAAAUUAUGAACUUGCGCAUGUCUUCUCUUGGCUUGCAAGAAGGUGUGGGAUUCCAUGGUGCUGUGUGUUUAAGGUACAAAUGUCUUUCAAGGAAAUGCAUAGUGCAUCAAGUACGUACCUUAAAGUGGGUGUUGGGUAAUUCCACGACAAAAUUAUAAAAGCAACAGCUUGCCAAAAUGAAAAUGGCAUUUGUAAGAAUAGUUGAGAUGUCAGGCUUUGUUGAAUGUGUGUAUAUAUAUUACACACGCACAUUCAAUAAGAAAAGCAGAACUGCAUGUACAGA